AUGCCCAUUCCUUUGGACCCGGCCGACCCAUCUGACAGAAACACUGCUGAUACCAUUAAAUGGCAGUGCUUCAAGCGUGAAGUUUACCACAAGGUUGCCGAAGUAAUAUUCCACUCACUACGAUGGCCUGCACGCUUCGGAGAAGCAAUGGCCUGUGGUGACAAAAUUGAUAGAGUGAUACAUCCAGGAAUACCAGUCAAGUCUGUUGAUGGCGAAGAAAGCUGUGCGCUAACAGCUACGCGUGCGGCCCUGGCCAAAUUUCCAUGCCCGAAAUGUCUUGUCUGCCAUGACAGUUUAACGAAACUAUGCGGAAAUUUUCAGUGUCGCACAACUGACAACAUGGAGAAGGUGUACAAGCGUUCAAUCACAGCAUCAAAUAAAACGGAGGCUGAACGAAUCUUACAAGCCCACGGAUUACAUGCAACCAAGAACUUUUUUUGGUCACUCGACCACUCAGACCCAUAUUGUUCCAUUUCAUACGAUAAAUUACACUCCGAUGAUCUAGGAAAAUGGGGUAAGCACAUCUGGCCGCUCCUCUAUUUCGAAUAUGCGGAUGGUCAAGUGUUUUAUGAUAUACUCAAGGUGCAUAGGAGGACACACCGGCUAAAACAAUAUAUUAUUCAAUAUGAACAAUGUUGUGAACACAUUUCAAACAAUUACGAGAAGGACUUCCACUUUAGCAAGCAACACGCCAUAAAUCAUAUUCUCACAGAAAUCCGGCAGAAGGGUGCAACGGAUAACUACGACACACGAGUCAGCGAGGGCUUUCACCAAGAGGCGCAAGAAGCCUACGAGCAGACAAACCGGAAAGAUACAGACAGCCAGAUGGCUCGCAUUGACGAGAACCAAGAAGCCAUCGCCCACAUACGGAUGACCGUCGACAACUAUGAUAAAGCCCACCAUAACGACACUGAGGACCAAGACUUAGGAGAUGACGCUGGCAGAAAUGAUGACCAGAGGUCGACACAACCUACCCCCGAUAACCACUGGAUGCUAGGAUCUCCCACAAACCUGACAAGCUCGGUAGUCAUGGAGCAUUGCGAGGGCCUCAAAGGAUUUGACAAGCGUCUGCGGAGUUUUUUAGUCUCAAGUUGCAAUGUAGCCGUUGGAGAUGGUCCCAUCUCAAUCAGGAAAUAUCAAUGCAUUUAUCUUAAGUAUCAAUCACACGAAGACUGGAGCGAAGGACGGGACAUCCUUCGCUGCAACCCCAACUUCAAUAAAGAAUCACGCUUCGACUGUGUUCUCAUUAACACAGACACAUCGGAGCCAGUUCCUGCUCGACUCCAAACCGUCUUUCGAUGUUUCCUUCAGUCCUCUUCGUUUGAUAUUGUGUCGGUCAAGAUAUUCAAGCCAUCAAAUGGAAUUCCGAGGACCAGAUGGUCGGGGGCACUUUUGUAUGAUGAAGCGAGAGAUUUCAAGCUGGUCAUGGCUAAGUCCCUGAUUCGGGGAGCUCAUAUGAUCGAGGCUUUUAAUCUGAAGGAAGGCCGGUUUUAUUUAAAUGACUUGAUUGAUGGUGAUAUGUUCCUACGUUUCGGGAACUGA